GGGAAACUGAACAUGUACGUACGUCGUAUAAGCGACGUAGAGUGUUGAAUGUGUCGAUUUCGUUCGGGGUUGGCUUGCACUUUUCGCGGCUGUAUGUGCGCGCAGCAACGUCGCGUGGUCGGUUAUCAAAGUGUUUGCGAAGCCUUAUAGUGUAUUGUGAUUGAGUGAUAAGAGGUGAGGUGAAAAGAGAAACUUCUUUUCUUGGGACGCUCGCCAAUUUCGGAGUUAUAGGAUUCUAUUGCGGCGUCGUACUAACAAACUGUCGUGAGAACUGUAAAGUUCACGGUAUACAUCUGUGUAAGAUAUUCAAUCAAGGAAUUCGCGGGCUAAAAUGCCCGACGUGGCUCCCGCGGACAACGUCGGCAUCGAGAUCAGAAUCAACGAAGCGGUGCAGGACGAGGGGAGCGACGCUCGCUCCUGGUUUCCCGCGAAUAUACCUCCGAUUCCAUUUUUACAUAUGCCCGCGCAUAUGGGUGAACAAUUUCUUGUAUUUUGAAACAUCAAACAGUGCUUAUAAGUUAGCUGACUAUUUAAAAAAAAAAUAUUUGUGUUUUAUAUACUACGGAUGAUUACUACUUUAUUCAAGAUAACAUAACAUGAAAACAACGACAAUUUGCUAGCGUAUUAUCUAUUUUUCUCAUGUACUUCUAAUAAAAUAUGUGGUAAAUGAUUUUGAAAAAAUGUUUAUGGUGCAAUUAUAGAUCUGAAAGAACAUAUUAAUUAAGGAUCAGUAAAUGUUUUCUUUAGAAGAUUUAAUAGUGACUACGUUGUCUUUCAUAUUUAUGCUAAUUAAUAAUAUUAUAUAUGAAGAAAUCAAAAGUACUUUGAUUAAGCAAUGUGCUUUAAGUUUAAAAACUUACAAAAUGAAAGAAACAUAAUUACAAAGUUUUUAUAAACUUAAGGGAAUCAUUCAUUCAUUUGGCAAUUGCAUAUUGCAUUUGUUUAUAUGAUUUUCUAUAUAUAUUAAUCAUGUUUUUUCUUAAAUGAAAUAAUGUCAUUUAUUGUUACUGCAUAUUAAAAUUAGAUUUCAAUCAUAGAAUAAUUUUUUCUUAUUGUUAUAAACAUAUAUGAACAAUUAAUUACACAAGGUGCUUCAUCUAAAAACAGAAAAUAUAUAAGAUAUUUAUGUUGGACUUCAAUGCUGAUUUUGUGAAAGAAUAAUUUUAAAUAUAUCUUUCUAAAAUGUGCGAACAAACAGAAAUUAAUUAUUUGGAUGGAGAUGUUGUUUGGGUAAAACUUGGAGGUUGUUGGUGGCCAGGACAAGUUACUGGAUUUCAUAAUUUACCUGAAGAUAUUCAACAUGAAUUUCAAAAGAAACCUUUAAUAGCUGCUGUAAAAUUUUUUCAAGAAGAUACAUAUGAAUUUGUCAAAAAUUAUCAACAGAUUUAUAAAUAUAACUGUACUCUAAAAGAUGAAUUUAUCAGGAAAGGUUUAGAUAAAUAUAGAAGCAGAAGUAAAGAUGGUUCCAGAUAUAUGGAUAAAUUUCCUGGAGAUGUUGAAAUGGCUGAAAAAUUGACAGGAGGUGAUCCUGACAUAUUAAGUCAUGACAAAUUUUGUCCAGAAGAAAAACCAAAUAUAUCAGCUUUAUUUGGGGAUAAGAAAAUUUCUAAAAAGAAACGAGAACGUGAUGAAAGUCACAGAAAAAGUGAUAGUAUUGAAAUUGUGCGAAAAAUUACACAUCCACGUUUUUUAAGAGAAAGUGAUCAUGAAGUUCGAAUUCGUCAACAACCUAGUAGUUUACAAUCUACACCAAAUAUAAGUAAUUCUCCACAAUAUCCUUGCCAUUUAUGUAAUUUUACUUCUUCACGAGUUAAUGUUAUUAUCUGUCAUAUAAAAAGUCAUAGAUCUGGAAAUUCACCAGUAUCAAAAUCUAAAGUCAAAACUUAUUCUCAAUAUAAAAGCAGAUAUUCUGAUGAAGAUACUCCAAAAAGAAAAUAUGCAAGAAAAGAAAAGAGUCAGUCAAAUAAAAAUAAAAGCAAUAGUGAAUCUGGUAAAAGAAAACAAAUUAAACAAAAUGAAAAAGUUGCUAAAAAGAAAAAGACUUCAGAUCCUAAAAUUCGAGAUACCAUAUUGGCAGAUUGGGAAGAUGAAUCAGAUGAAGAAAUUAGUUUAAAUCAAAGUAAAUCUAUUGAUUUAACAUCUGUAAAUAAUUCACCAAAAGAUCAAUUUGAUUUUAAAAAAUCAGAAGAAUCUAAUGAAAAGAAUAAUACAAUAACAGAUACCAAUGAAAUUAUAGAAGAAAGUGAAAAAUUACUUAAAGAAACUGAAAAGCUUACAACAAUUAAUAUAAUGGAGGAUUCUUUAUCAGAAAAUGUCAAUAUUUCAAAAAAUUUUAAAUCAAAUCUUUUUGAUAAACAACCUGAGCUAGAGAAAAAUAUUAAAAUAUCUGAUAUUGAAAGUAAUGAAUCUAUUAAUAAAUCACAGACGGAAAAAGAAAUUUUUAAUGUUGAUAAUGAAAGUAAACUUAAUACAUCAGAUAAAAAUGAUAAAAAAUCAUUAUUAUCUUGUUUUGAUUUUCAUGAAGAGGAACUAUCUAUACCUCCUGUAAGAAAAAAAGGACGGGCAUUUCACCAAAAAAAAGAAAUAAUAAAGGAAUUUGAAAUGAGUCAAGCCUUAAAAACAGAACAAGAAAAAGAAACUGAACAUAGUAAACCUGAAGAUGAAGAUAACAAUAUUAAACCAAAACAAUGUGAAAAAUUAAAUACACUGCCAUCUUUAAAUGAGCAGAAUUUAAAAGAAAAUGAAAACAAAAUUAUAACUUAUAAUAAAGAGACAAAUACUAUAAUUGAAAAAGCAAAAGAAAAAGCUAAAUCUGAAAAAGAAUCAAAAGAAAUACAAAAAUCUAAUAUCAAUACUUGUGAAACAGAAUUAGAAAUUGUAGAAAUAUUUGAAGUUGAAAGAGUUGAAGCUGAAAAUGAAAAUGCUACAAAUGGUUCAAAAAAUUCUGCUAAAAUAAAUAUAAAUACUAAUAAAGAAUUAAUAGAAAGCAAAGAUUUAAGUAUACAAAAUAUUUCUAUAUGCAGUAAACAACCAGAUUCUAAAAACUCUAUUAACGAAAAUAUAGAAAACAUAAAAAACGAAUCUUCAAAACAAACUGAAGAAAUUUUAUGUGAUAGAUUCACAGUUGAAACAGAAGAUGAAACUGUUUCAGAAUCUACAGAAACAUUUCCAGAACAAAGUGAAAAUUCAGAUGCAGAUAUGUUGGAUCAAGAUCAAGUGCCUAAUUCAAAUUCUACAAAUACUUUAUUAAACAAUGAUCAAUCCAAUAUUACUUCGCAAAUUCGUAAGCAUAGAGGUAGACCAAGAAAAUCAGAAUCUAAUCGUAUUAGUACUAGCGGAAGUGCUAGUGGUAGUGAAAGUCCAAAAGCAAGAAAUAAUAAAAAUAGUCCAAAAGUUUUUGAAAAAUUUGAAAUAGAAAAAAGAACUUCCGAAUCUGAUAGCGAACGUCCAUAUAGUGGAAGGAAACGAAAGCCAAAUAAAAAAUAUUUAGAAUCUGAUAUAUAUAUACAAGAUGUAGAUCAAAAAAUAUAUAAGACUGAUGAAAGUCAAUCUGAAAAUGAAGAAAAAAAUUCUGAAAAAAUAAAAAUUAAAUCAAAAAGAAAUAAAAAAUUUAUAGAAAAUGUCAAGAAAAUAAAUGAAAACAUUGAUCUUAAAGAAGAAAAAGAAAUUGAAAUUUCUUGUAAUAAAAUGGAUACAACAGAAAAUAAUGUGAAUUCUUCAAAUAUAGAAGUGAAAAAUGAUUUACUUGAAAAUACUAAAAAUGAAAUGUUUAUAGAAUUAAACACAAAACUUAAUGACAAUCAAACUUCUACUGAAAUUUCUAAAAAAUUACAAGUAUCAACUGAAGAAAAAAUUCUAUUAGAAGAAUCUAAUACUUUUGAAAAUACAAAAUCUUUAGUAAUAGAAAAAAUUACUGUUAAAGCUGAAAAUACAAUUCUUAAACUUGAAAAAGAUAAUGAUACUAAAGAUAUAUUAAUACAAAAUAAUCCUCAACAAGAAAAUUUAAAAGAUUUGGAAUCUUCAUCUACACUUCAAUCAGAAUUUUUAUCAGAGAAAGAAACAUCUUUUCAUCAACAAAUAGAUAUUUCAAAAACUGUUGAAAUGCUUCCUCCUAAAAAGUCUCAAAUAAAAAAGUUUGAACUAUCACAAAUUGAUAUGUUUGAUACUGAUACUUCUACAAAUAAAAUCAUAGAUUCUGGAUUAAAUAGUGAGCAAGAAAAAUCACAAAAUAUAAAUACUGAAACAAUUGAAACUAAUAUAGAUUUAGAAUUAAUUAAUUCUUUAAAACAGAAAGGACACGUUUUAGAAAAUCUUGAAACAGACAUAAAUAAUAUGGAAAAUACAAAAGAUAUAAACCAAAUAGAGGAAGAAACUAUAAUACAAAAUGAAGGAGAAACUAUACCAGUAAUUCAAAAAAUUCAUCAAAUAGAAAUAGAAACAAUAGAAAAGGAACAAGAAAUUAAAUUAGAACAAUUAUCUAAAGAUCUAACAAAUACAUUAAAUGAGCAGCAAAUUGAAAAUAGAAUAUCUAUGCAAACAAGAUAUAAAGGAAAAUUUACACCAGAAACAUGUAUUAAAUCAAAGAAAGAUAAAGAAUUAUCUCCUGAAGAAAAAUCAACAAAUACAUUCCAAGAAGCUUUCUUAAAAACGUUACAUAUGGACAAAAGAAAAGGUAUAAUUAAUGAACCUGAUACAAUUGGAAAGGGAAAGAAGUGUAAAAAAUUAAUGAAGAAAAAAACUGAAGAAGAAGUAGAUAUAAGUACUUCUGAAGCAAUUCAAAAUGUGGUAAAUAAAGAUUCAAAUAUUUCAGAUUUUCCUAAUUCAUCUCAAGACAAUAAUUCUCAAAUCACAGUUGUUAGCAAUUUUGAAGGUAUAGAAGUAGUAGUUGAUCAAAAUCUUGAGAUUGACACAAAAGUAGAUGAAACUACUAUAUUUCAAAAUGUUGAUCAAUUUACAUCAUCAUCAUCAUCAUCAAAUGAAUUUAACAUUAUAUCCAAAUCUUUAGUACAAUCAUCUUCAAUUGAAGAUACUUCUAAAUCUAUUAAUAUAGAUAUGCAAAAGUUAGAUGAAUCUUCAAGAACAUCGACUUCUACACCUUCUCCAUCAUCCGAUGUUACUGUACCGGUAAAAAAACGUGAAAUGCCACGAAUAAUUGAAAACGUUACAUUAACUGAACCUUUGCAAAUUUUGAAAUCGAAAUUAUUAGAUAAAUUACCACAGAAAGGAAUAAAACAUAAACUAGAAAUAGAAAAUACAAAAAGAUCAGAUCAAAAGGGUACUCCAAAAACAAAAAUUAUGAAGAUUGAAUCUUUAUCUUCAAAUACCAAAAUGAAAACUGGUCCAAAAGUUACAUCUCCACAUUUAUCUUUGACUAAAAAGUUACAAGUAUUGAAAGCUGAAGAAGCAGAAACAGCUGCAAUGAUUGAAGCACAAAAUGAACAGUUAAAUGUAAAAGUUUCAAAUAUACCUACUACAACUGUUACAAGUGAAAAAUAUAUUCAACAAAGUUCACAAAGUUUGGCAGAUAUGGAACUAGAUAUAAAUUCAAUGCCAUUUGUUUUAAGUGAGGAUGUUUUAACUCCAGAAAGUAUUGAACAAAUGCCUGUUGUUAUAUCUUCUAUUAUACCUGCAUCUAGUACAAUCCCAACAACAUUAUCUUUUACACCAACUACACAAAUAGUAUCUCCCACUCAAACUCAAUACAAAUUAAAUGAAACUACAAAUGAAAUAUCACCUACAAAGAAAAAAAGUGGUACUCCAGCAAUUUUGAAAAACAAAACUAAAGCAAAACCUACAAUUACAAGUAUAAAAACAUUAGUACCACCACUUACAGGUGGUGUAAAAGGUUUAAAAUUUCAAAAUACGCCAGCAACAAAUAAAGUAUCUCCUCUUUUAACACAAAAGACUGCAUCAGGUAAAUAUGUAGUGGUGCAAACUUCUGGAGGACAACAGUUACGAUAUGGUGUUCAAGGAAAAACUAGUACACAACAAAAAAUUGCUAUACCAACUGGUAAAAGUGCUGGAAAUGCACAGGUACAGGUUCAACAAGGUAGUAAAGUAGUUAUAUUAGCGCAAUCAGGUCAAACUAAAAUGUUGCCUUUAAAUAUUUCUAAAUCAUUAAGUGGUAAAGUUCAAAGAAUUAUGACAAAUAAAGGUCAAGUAUUUUGUCCUAUCAGUCCUCAAGGUAUUAUAAAUUCAAAAACAAUCAUUGCUCCCAAAGGAGAUAAUGUUUCAGCAACAACAUCUAAGCUUCCUGCUGGACAUAAGAUUAUUAAUACACCAGGAAUGAUAGCAUCAAAAGGAGUUUUAACCCCUAUUUCAGGAACAAUUGCAAAAUCUGCUUUAUUAGGUACAUUGUCUCAAGGAAUUAUUACAAAAGGCAUUUAUACACCAAUAAGCGCCUCUUUAAGCGGAAAAAUUAUUGGAUCAAAAACUUUAGUUACAAAAGGUACAACUAUUUUAUCUUCACAAAAUUUAGGUACUUCUAAAGCUAUUUUAACUCCUAUAUCUCAAGCUAUUACUAGCAAAACACUUUUAAAUCCUCAAGGUAUUGUAAGCAGUAAAGCAACAGUUUUGACUCCAAUAACGGGACAACAAGUGAAAGCUAUAGCAGCAAAAAGUCCAUCCAAAGGAAAUAAAGUACAAUAUCAAUCUGUACAGCAAAAAGUACAACUACCUAUGUUACAAAAAUCACAAAAACUUCCAAUGUCUGCUGCUUCACAAGGAAAAUCAGGGCAAAUUAAAACUGGUAACAAUACAGUUGUAUUACAAAAUACUAUUCCUACACAGAAAACUAUACAACAAGGGAAGAAAAUGAUUAAACAAACAAUUGUGCAACAAAAUAUUACAUCUCAAGGUAAUACUCAACAGACAAUGGGGAUAAAUCCACAAAUUCAACAAAAAGGAAAAGCUGUACCUACAUCAACUAUACAAAAAGUUAUUAUACCUCGUGGUAAUCGACAACAAAAAACACAACAAAAAAUAGUUGUUCAAAAAGUACAAGAUCCUAUCAUUACUACUGUACAAAAUAUGCAGUCAAAACAAACAGUACCAUUAACUUCUGUGCCAAAUACAUCUAAAACAACAAUUCAACAAAAACAGACAGUUAGUAGUACUACAACUACAAAAAUUACUACAAAAAGUCAUGUAAUAAAUAAAACUACUACACAGCAACAAAAAAAUUUGUUAAAUGUUCCAAUGAAUUCAGUACCUCCGACUAAUGUGAAUACAAAUCUUUCUACAUCUUUAUCUCUUCCACCAUUAGAACCUAUUGAUUCUGACAGGAAAUCAAAAUUAGAAAAUGUACUUAUUGAAUCUGUUCAAAAGGAUCAGCCGAAAGUAGAAAAAUUUAAUGACAAAGCUAAUGAAAUAGAAAAAAUAGAAGAACCAAAAGUAACAACACAACCACAAAUAAUGGCUUUACCAACAGAAAGUAAUGAUGGAACACAAACUUAUGUUUUAGUAACUAUUGAUGAACAAGGACAAAUACAACCCCUUGAUAAUAAUACUCUUAUGUCAUUAGAAGGUACUACACAAAAUCCAGAUGGUACAAGAACAUUAUAUAUAGAUCCUAGUUCAUUAGGAGAAGCAGGAACACUAGACAAUAUUGUUCUUCAAUUUGAUAGUGCUGUAUUACCAAAUAUACAAACCAAUGCUACAGAAUCUACUCAAGCAAUUAUAUCAGAAAGUUUUCCUACUUCAGAAGUAAUACAAACAUCAAAUCAAGAUAUUUUGGCUGCUGCCUUGGCAAAUACAGAUUUUCAACAAGAAAUCAAUUUAACAGAAAAUCCUACCGGAAACGUAAUGACCACUGGUUUGACUCAAACAAGUCUAAUCAAUCAAACUAUUUUGCAAUCAACUAUUAUACCUCCUACAGAACCUAUUUCUUCUCCUUCUGUACUUGAAACUUCAUUGACUUUGAAUCAACCAAUAAUGACUCCCUUAGAGGUACCUAGUAAUUUACCAAUACAAGCAGAAUCAACCUCAACUUCUGCUGUGGCAACAAUUCCAUCUUCGCUCGAAUUACCAAUAACAAUUACAAAUCCUAAUAUUUCUUAUAUUUCAACGGCAGAAGCACAAAUUCAAAUCCCUGGUAAUUCUAUGCCAGAUAUUGGAGAAAUUAUGGAAAAUCCAAAUACAACAGAAAUUGCUCGAACAGAAAUCCCUGCAAGCACUCAAUAUCUAGUAUUACCAAAUUUAGAAGAUAAUAUAGAAACUUCCAGUGAACAAAAUACUACUAUUUCUAUAACUAAUGUUUCAUAUUCAGUUUCUAUACCAAAUAAUAUAGUUUUACAAAGUUCUCAAGUUCAAACUACUCCUUCAAUGCCAAUAAUAGAUGAUUCUUAUACUGAAAAUGUACAAUUCAAUUCAACUAUAGAAUCAUCAAUAGGAACAGAACAGACUUUUGCAGAUGUACCUGUUUCUGAAAUGCUCGUUUCAAAACCUAUUUCCGAAAAAAAUGUAAACUCACAAGAUAUUAACGUAACAUCAGAAAUAAUAGUAUCUCAUGAUGUUUCUGCAUCAUCUUCCCAAGAAUCUAUUGUAUCUACAAAUGAAUCUUGUAUUUUAAAUGAAGAACAGAAUGCAAUACCUUUACAAGAAGUGUAUUCUUCUCAAGAAAUUUCUAUUAAGUCAGAGGAAAUGAUCUUGAAACAAACCGUUACUAAAGGAGAUAACAAUUCUCAUGUAGCAAUCGGAAGUCAAAAUAAAGAAAUUAAUAAUGAUAAUAUAGUACAUGUACAAAUUGUGGAGCAACCAGAUGAUGCAAUGACAAAUAAUGUAUCAAUAAUAGAUAAAAACACUUUAGUUACUUCCGAAUCUAAUAUAAAAACUUCAUCUGUAGAACAUGUAGGUUUUGAAGUUUCAAAUUCAAAUGAAAUAAAUACAAAUAAUUCACAAGAGAUGCAAAAUAUAAAAAAGUUUGAAGAAUUAAACUUUGAUGAGCAAUCAAAUAUCAAGAAUCAUUCUCCUAUAUGUGAAGAACAAACAGCAACAUCUAAUGAAGUAGAAAUUUCUCAAGAAGAAGCACAAAUUCUACCUGCAGAAUCACUAAAUCGUUUAGAUGAACAGAAUAUGGAUAUAGAUGAGACUAUUGAACCUAAAAUUUAUGUUGCAAAUACAAUAAAAGAACCAGAGGACUCUCAAAGAGAUGAGCCAUCUUCUCAAGGUGAAACAAAUUUGAUACGAAGAAAUUUAGAAUUACAUUUUGAAGAAACAAAUGCAGAGACUAGUCAUGAAACACCAUCACAAUCAUAUGAACAACUUGGAAUAGCAAUGACUACUGAUUCUAUUGAUUUACCUAGUCAAUCUGCUAUAAAAUCUGAAAAUUCAAGGGAACCCUCACAAUCAAUAACAUAUGAAUCUAUGGAAACAGAUAAAGAAGCUGUUGUAGCAGAACCACCGACACAAUCAUUUGAACAUUCAACAAAAAUAAAUGAAGCUUCUCAAUCAUAUGAAACAUGUGCAGAAGCAAGUACAAAUGCACCAACUCAAUCUUUUAAUAAAUUAAUACAAACUCAAGAAGGAAGAUCAACUAUUGAUGAUACGAUUGACGAUCAAACAUUUCCAACACAGAGUUAUGAAGUUGGUAAACCAGAAAAUAUUCCAGAAAAUUUAGAAACAGAUCCAGAAAUUAGUCAGGAAGGAAAUAUGCCAUCUCAAUCUAAUGAUAUAGGUACAGAUGGUAUUGGUACAUCUUCAAUUUCUACAAAUAAUUCCGGGCUUAAUGAAGACGAAACUGCAAGUUCGUCUUAUGUUCCAGAAACACCAGAAAAUCAAGAAAGAGAUCCAGAUCAAGAAAGUGCAAUAAGUACAUCGUCUUGUGAAAUUCCACCUUGUGCUGAAUUGAAUAUUGCAUCAUCUAGUGCAGAACAUACAAGUAUCCAUGACAAUGGAGUACCUGAAAUACCUACAUCUUCAUAUAAUUUAAAUCCAGAUAUUACUUCAACUCAUGUAGACUCAAUACCAACAUCUAGUUAUGAAGAACAAAAUGUAUCAACAUCUUAUGAAGUACCAAUUUCAAUGCCUGGCCUAGAAGAAACUCCCUCUCAAAAUUUUGUUACAGAAAGUACUGAUCAUAGAAAUGAACCAUCUAGUUACUAUACUCAUCAUCAAGAAGUAACAGCAAGUUAUUAUGAAUCUGUAGGACAAGAAACCAAUUCAAGAUUAGAUGAAGAUCCACAAGAAGAAGUUACUCCCAGUUAUUAUGAUGGUAAUCCACAAGAAGCAAGUCAAAGUUAUUUUAAUCCAGAAGAAGCUACACCAAGUUAUUCCAGUCAUAAUGUUUCUCCCAGUUAUUAUGAUCACAGACCAGAAAGUGAAGCAAGUCAAAGUUAUUAUUCUGCAGAUGAUAUAGAAAAAUCAGAACAAUCUUCCUCACAAAAUAUUGAGGCAUCACAAAGUUUUUAUCAAGAACAAUCUGAUGAAUUAAAAUUAACUCAACAAGGAGAAGCUACACCAACAUAUACAGAAAGGUAUCCAGUUGAUUACACAUUGGAGAAUUCACCAAUAGAGAGGCAUGAUCUUGUAGAAAGUUCUGUACCAGCCACUAGGCCUACAGAGAGGUAAUAUAUUAUGAUGCGAAAUAGCAUUUCGCUAUAUGAAGAGUCCUUGUUUUCAUAGACUAAUGGAUAUAACAGCCAUUGAUAUAUAAACUCGUCUAUUUUCAAUGUAAAUAUAAUAUUAAGACAAGUGAUUAAAUAUAAGAUUAAAAUUAGAUUCUUAUUAUAAUUUAUAUCCAUAUAAAUAUGAAUAUAUAUAUAUAUAUAUAUAUAU